CGUGACCACCCGCUCCCUUCCUUGGCUGCCCUGGGGAGCACAGUCGGGCUGCCACCACGGCAGGGGACAGGCUGACACACAAAAUUAUUUUCUAAGGCGGAGUUCUGAACGCGCCGGGACGCUCGGAGAGGGCAGGGUGUAGGGGCGCGGAGGAUCGCGGAGUGCCGCCCUGCUCCCGCCCCUGCUGGGUCCGUCCCGUCCGGUCCCGUGCCCGCCGGACCCGAGCCCGCGCACGAGUCGGACCCCGCCCGGCCGCCGGCUCGCCUCUCCUCCGCUGCACUCGCUGCGCGGGCUCGAAAGAUGGAGGGCUACGGGCGAUUCUUGGCACUGCUGGCUUCUGCGCUGCUGGUCGGCUUCGUGUCGGUCAUCCUCUCCCUCGUCUGGGUCUUCCACUACCGCGAGGGGCUGAGCUGGGACGGCAGCUCGGCGGAAUUCAACUGGCACCCCGUCCUCCUCGUCACGGGCUUCGUCUUCAUCCAAGGCAUCGCUAUUAUUGUGUACAGAUUGCCCUGGACCUGGAAGUGCAGCAAACUCCUAAUGAAGUUCAUACAUGCUGGAUUAAAUACCACAGCUAUGAUUCUUGCAAUUGUUUCUAUGGUAGCCGCGUUUGAAUACCACAAUGCCCAGAACAUUCCUAACAUGUACAGUCUGCACAGCUGGAUUGGGCUGACUGCUGUUAUAUUUUAUUCUCUCCAGCUGUUCUGUGGUGUCGCUGUGUUUCUGCUCCCGUUUGCUCCAGCUCAUCUCCGCGCAGCUGUCAUGCCAAUACACGUUUAUUCGGGUCUGACCAUCUUUGCAACAGUGAUUGCAACAGCUCUCAUGGGAAUCACAGAAAAGCUUAUAUUUGCAUUGAGAAGUCCUGCAUACAGUGAAUCCCCACCAGAAGCAACUUUGGUCAACUGUCUUGGUCUUUUGCUUGUCAUAUUUGGUUCACUUAUUUUGUGGAUGGCAAGCAGGCCCUACUGGAAGCGGCCCCCAGAAGAGAAUGCUAAAAUUAUGAGGCCCAUUGGAGCAACUCCUGAAGGCACAGAAGUAGAAUCCACGAUGACAAACAGCAGUAAUGCAGAUAAAGCUGAUCUGAGGAGCAAUACUGAAGAAGCCAAAAAACAAAACAUCAAAUUUGAUGAAGCAGGACAAAGAUCAACUAUGUAAAGAAAAUAUACAGAAUAAAAAGUACUAUUAUACUUCCAAUUUCUCCCAGGUGAGGGUCCUUCUAAUGUAGUUAUAUUGAUAUGUAAGUAGGUUGGGGGUUCAUUUUUAGUAUGGCUUGCUGAAACAUACUCAAGUUUUCUGCAUAUGGAUUUAAACUCCUGGAAGUCCCAGACAUAUUUUAUUGGUCCAUGACUAGUCUUUGCCUUGUUUAAAAAAUCAAGAGCAUCAUAUAAUGGGAAAAUCACAUCAUUGGAAACUGUCUUACAUAUAACUUCUUAAUUUAAUGCUUAUCUCUCUUAUAGUCAUGAAAAAUUUAACAAGAUUCAGGCUAAAUUUUUCUCUUGAGUGCUUUUGCAGGUUAUGAAUCAGCCAUGAAGUAUACCAUACAGAAUGAUUUAGUUUGUCACACCUAAAUUUCCUGGUAAUGUUCACUUUGUUGAAGCUUUGAUUGCUCUAGCUGAUUAAGCCUCGCACUGGCUGCUAUGUUCGACGGGAUUUGAGGUAAUUCUGCACUUUACAGAGCUGCUUCAUAAAAAUGUUUAUUCUACAAUUUUUAACUAAAAAAAAGAGAAAAGUUUGCUAGAUAUCUUCAUAAAAGGUUAUAUUACCUUUAGAAACUUCUGGGAGUUUUUGGUCUUGUUUUUUUAAAAAACAGAAUGUAUCUGUUGGCCUUUCAACAAAUUCUACCAAAUACAUUGUAUACAGACUAUUUUUGGCUUUGAAUUAUGUGCAAUUAUUAGUGUAAUCUAAGAAAUGUUAAGACAUCCAAAUGCAGAAUUUGUCUUAUUUGAAAAGCUAUAGAAACACACUUAGAAAAAUGUAUCACUUAAACUAAGUCUUCCUUUUAUCCCAGAAGGCAGCAUUUUAGUUCUUUAUUUGAUUGCACAGUUCUGCUGAUUUAUGGUACUAGACUAGAAUCUAGGUGGUUAGAAACCAGAAAAAAUCUGCUAUCAGUCUCACAGAAAAAAAAAUUAGCUUCAAGUGAGAAAUACUUUCUCCAGCACACAGGUGAGCUUUGCUCUUUUAUUAAAAUGCUACCUGUUAACUGAAAGCCAAUUUGAGUAUCUCCACACUGACGUCAAAAGCAUUAUUAUCAUAGGCACCAAGACAUGCUUUAGUAUGUAAGCAAUCUAUACAAACUCUAUGACUUUUUAAUUUGAAAUUAUUGUUUCAAAUAAUGCAAUUUUCUCUAAAUAAUGAAGAGUUCCUACUGGCACUUUACUUUUAUAGCUCUUUCUAGUAACUGAAAUAUUAAUGUAUUAUGCUCAUUCAUUAAUUUCACAGAUACAGACAAUAUUUAUACUUCUACUACUAUGGAAGAAUAAUUAUAGUAGAUUAUUUGGACUGCAUAUGUCCAAAAUGAUGAGCCAUUCUAUUAUCUCUUGUAAAAGCUGCAGAGCCCACUACAAAUACAAAUUAACCACUGUUCAUGUUGGAAUAUAGAUAGUUUCAGACAGCAAAUAAUUUCCUACUUUUAAAUACUACAUAAAUUUUUAUCUACUCCAGCUUUUAAAAACACUUUAAUAUAUUACCCUUCAACAAAUGCGCCAUUUUUGUAGUUCACUGUGUGUUUGUACAAACUAUUUUGGACAUGAGUUAUUUUGGGUCUUCUCUGACAAAAAGUACCUCAGUUCCUGUUAUUUGAUUUUUAAUAAUAUUUUACUAUUUGGCGAAUGCAGUACAGAAAGCUAGCAUAAUAAAAUAUUUUAAAAACUUUAUUGCUGUACCACUUGGUACUCAAGAACUACAUCCCAGAGUUCUAUAGUUUCACUUAUAGGUUUGUGGGUGACUGGGACCAACCUCACAUUAAUGUAUUUUUCCACUGCAGAAAAUGCCUGCUUUUAAUGUACAAUUCAGGUAUGACAGAAGGAACACUAACCUAAACUGCUAAACUAAUGUGUGAGCACUUCUCCAGUCCCACUAUGUGCAAUGAAUCAAACAGUGAAGCAUGACAGAGGAAGUGAAUAAAUGAGCUUACUUGCUGUAAUUUACUAUGCAGCUUUCUAUACUGCACUCACACAGGCAACAGCAUUUUAAAUUGUUAUGUAUUGGCCUGUUACUGUGUCUCAUCCACCUGUGAAAAUAAGCUCACUCAAUCCUUGCAUAGGUCACAUAAUAAAAGCAUAUGCUUGUAUGGAAGGUAGUCAAUUGCCUAGGGAUUGUUCUGGAAGAAAGUAACUGAACAGCGUACUGGAAACAAACACAGAAUCUAUGACUUCUUUUGUUACAGCACUGAGUUGAAUGUAUUGAAAUGAACAGCUUUUAGGUGGUUGGCUCUAUAUGCUGUUAAAUAAGCAGCAUUCCUUCUGGUUUCCAUUGAUUGCCAUGUACUGUUCAAGGGGAAUGCUACUUGAAGAAAGGAUGGUGGCAUUUAUUCUCUAUUCUCAAGAAGUGCAAACGAGUACGAGUAACACCAAGGUUGUGGGUUCGAACCCCAUGUGGGCCAUUUGCUUAAGGGCUGGACCCGAUCAUCCUUCUGGGUCCCUUCCAAUUCUGACUAUGCUGUGAUUCCGUGACAUAAAACUGACUGAAAAUCAAGGAUUAGCAACCUUUUGAGAGGAGCCUCCCAAAACAUAAUUUUGGUUUUCAACUGAGAGGUUAAACGUGAUAGUAGAAACUCAGCGGAAGCUGGAAGAUUCCAUCUGGGGAAUUGUUAAUCAGUGAUAUCUCACGUGCACGAACUCUGGGAUUCUGGCUUCUGAUCUUUGGAAGGUCCCCAUGAGAUGCAGUAGCUGUGAGCUCCUAAACCUUGAUCAACCUUGGUGUGUGCAAUUUAUAACUGAUAAAACAUACUAUAGACUUUUGGCUUAAGUCUAAAUUGAUUAAAAAGGCCUCUAUGUAUCCUUGCAAAAAAAAAAUGAGGUUAGUUCAAUGCUAAAUAAAAAUGCAUAGGUGUUUGUAGAGUAAAAGUCCUAAACAUGCUCCUCAAAGUGGCUUUCCAUUAACUUUCCUUUUAUGCAAAUUUUCUUACCUGUAUUUAUGAGUAACAUAAAUACAGUAGCAACAUAAGAAAUGAAAAAAGUGUAUUUUCAGAGAUACAAAUGGAAGGUAGAACUCUAGCUUUUUCAUGGGUAUUUUUAUGCAUGUUUGGAAAUCAUAUACAUGAUUGUUUUUACAGGAACAUGACUGUAGAGCUUACAUUCCAGGUUUGGAUUCCUAUAAAAACCAGGAAGUUACAAAACCUAACAAGAAAGUGCUAUCUUAAGAUGCCUGGGAAAAAAAAAUAGUAUAUUUACAUGCUGUCAUGCAGUAUUAUGCACAGAGCAGAAGAGUGUUUUUUCCAACAUUAAGGAACUGAGAAAUGAUGGUGCAAAUUAGAUUCUAAAAUUGAAUGUAAUUACAUGUGUGUUUCUUACUACAUGUAACCAAGAAUAUUGCAUAUGAUAAUGUAAAUAUGGAUUACUUGUUUACAUGGAUAUUUUAUUGAGUGACUAAGAGAUAUUGCCAAAUAUUUUCUAUUUGAAAAGUCUCUUUCUUUUGCUUUUAUUUCAGAAAAUUCCUUCCUCUGUUUUUAACUGUUCACAAGAACCUAAAAAUUUAUUUUAUUAUCCAAAGUGCUUAUUUGUAGAUGAGAGCAAAUAUUUAAUUAUAAUGUCUCUUUUCAUUAUUCUUUUUUAAAAUGUAUUAAUAAAAGUGAUUUUUUGAGCUUGUGA